AUUCUCAUCUAAGUAUUUUCUUCUUUCUUUUUACUCAACAAAACUAAUAGUACUUAAUUGUCAUAAUGGGAAGAACACCUUGUUGUGACAAAAAUGGACUUAAGAAAGGGCCAUGGACCACAGAAGAAGAUCAAAGGCUCAUUGAUUACAUACAAAAACAUGGCUCUGGAAAUUGGAGGACUCUUCCAAAGAAUGCUGGUCUUCAAAGGUGUGGAAAAAGUUGCAGGCUACGUUGGACUAACUAUCUAAGGCCAGAUAUUAAAAGAGGAAAAUUCUCUUUUGAGGAAGAGGAAACAAUCAUCCACUUGCAUAGUAUUCUUGGAAACAAGUGGUCUGCCAUUGCUGGUCGUUUGCCUGGAAGGACUGAUAAUGAAAUCAAGAACUAUUGGAAUACUCGCAUUCGGAAAAAACUUAUGAGGAUGGGAAUUGAUCCAGUGACUCAUAGUCCUCGUCUUGAUCUUCUUGAUUUAAACUCAAUUUUCAACCCUUCAAUCUACAAUUCAUGUCAAGUGAUCAAUAAUAAUCUUUCAAGAUUAUUAGGUGUACAAUCCCUAGUAAAUCCUGAGCUUUUGAAAUUAGCCAAUUCGCUCUUAUCUUCCAACCACCAAAACCAAAAUUUCUUGUUGGGAAGUAAUUUUCAAGAAAAUCAACUAUUCAAUUCCCAUGUCCAAAACCAAUUGACCUCAUUAUGCCAAGCUAACCAAAUUCAAAACCCUAUUCAAAAUACUUCUACCUGCUCCGAUUUAAAUAUUCCAUCUGUUCCAUUUUAUAGUGACACUCAGGUCAUGCAACAACCAAAUGUGGAGCAAUUAUCCUCAAAUGUUUCAACCUUUAGCUCGCAAAAUAGCCAACAAAAUGAGUGGAAAAAUUUCACCUUCGAUUCUGCUUUGCCAAAUUUAUCAACACCCUCAUCAAGUCCUACAUCAUUGAAUUCGAAUUCCAGCACAACUUCUGAAGAAGAGAGAGAAAGUUAUUGUAGUAUGUUGAACUUUGAUAUUCCAAAUAUUUUGGAUGUUAAUGAACUUUUGUAAUUUACUCUUUGAAAGUAGUACCAUUCAAAAAGUUGGAAAAAAGGGUGUAUAUUCUCUGUUUAUAAUAUGAUCAAUUAUAGUUUCUCCAACAUUGCCCGA